GUGGUAACCUAAGUGAAAACUCAAACUAUCAUAAGUCAAGUUAGUCAAGUCGACCUUAUCAUUAAUCAUUGAGGUUUAAAAUUUGAAUCUAAUUUCUCAUAAAUCCUCAAUGGCGAAAGAUAUUAGAUAAUCAAAAAAUUGUAUAACACCUUAAUUUAAUAAAACUAACCUUUAACUGGAUUUGUAAAUCCUACUUCAUCAUAAAUGAAAGCAACAUGGACACAGUCAGCACACCUGGUUCAGAUGAUUAUAGAGAUUCGUUUAGUUCCAUCAACGAAAGACCAGUCGAUGAUAUAUCGCUGGAAUUUUUCUACAAACCACAUACUAUUACGUUAUUAGCGGUUUCCAUAGCUGCUGUUAUUCAUACAGCUUUUGUCAGAGAUGAAAUCAACAUCCAAGACAAUAUAUGGUCUGGUAUCUGUUGUGUUGUUUUCUUUUUUUUAAUCAUAUCGGUACUUACUUUCCCAAAUGGCCCUUUUACUAGACCUCACCCUGCUGUGUGGAGGAUUGUGUUUGGCAUGUCAGUCUUGUAUUUAUUGGCAUUGCUAUUUCUCUUAUUUCAAAAUUACUCUACCGUAUAUGAUAUAAUGUAUUGGAUUGACCCAGAGUUGCGCAACUUUCAUAUAGAUAUGGAGAAGGAGUAUGCAGUUAAUUGUAGUGACCUAAGUAAAAUUUGGUCCAGACUCGAUGUUUAUGCCUGGGGCCAUUUCUUAGGAUGGAUGUUUAAAGCUAUUCUUUUUAGGCAUGCUGGUCUAUUGUGGGCUAUAUCAAUAAUGUGGGAAAUAACUGAAAUAGCCUUUGCUCAUUUAUUGCCUAAUUUUUUGGAGUGUUGGUGGGAUUCAAUUAUUUUAGAUGUUUUAUUAUGUAAUGGAUUUGGGAUAUGGUGUGGUCUAAAGAUAUGUAAAGCUUUAGAAAUGAGGGAAUAUAAAUGGGUCAGUAUAAGGGACAUCUCAUCAACAACAGGUAAAAUUAAAAGGGCGAUACUUCAAUUUACUCCAGUUCAGUGGACUCCUGUGCGAUGGCUGGACCCAAACUGUACUUACAUGAGAUUCUUUGCUCUCAGCCAACUUGUAGUUUUCUGGCAGAUAUCAGAACUGAACACAUUUUUCUUAAAACAUAUUUUUGAAAUGCCACCUUCCCAUCCUCUAGUUAUUGCUCGACUAGUUCUGAUUGGUGUAAUUGUCGCUCCUUCUAUUAGACAAUAUUAUACAUAUAUAACUGAUCCAAACUGCAAAAGAGUUGGUACGCAGUGCUGGGUUUAUGGUGCAAUUAUGGUGACAGAGUCAAUGCUGUGCAUAAAGAAUGGGAAGGAGCUUUUUGGACAAACACAUGUGUCAAAUGUUGUAGUAUGGCUAGUCAUACAAAUUCUAGUCUCAGUAGCAUGUGUCUAUGGUGUUGUGUUAUAUGAUGGAUAUUUUAAGGUAAUAAAACAUACUAAGGUUACAGAGCCUAAAAGUUUAAGUACGAGCGUUGCAAAAAAAGAUAACUGAAGAGUGUGGACAGCCGUAAUGCGAUUAAUUUGUGUGGCUAGAUAAUUACUAGCCAGAGGCAAAUACUUUCAAACCAAAUAUUACAUUAGAUAGAGUAUUUAAGAUGCCUAGAGGAAUUACACAUAAGACUUUUCAGAUUUGUUUGUUAUGCAACUCGUACAACACCUAUGAAAUAAAUAUUGUUUUCAUAAGGAGAAUUUUCAACAACAAAAAGAAAAUUACUAAACCUCACUAUUAUAUUACUAAACACACAAUGUCAAUAUGUGAUCACUUCUGUUGGGUAACUAGUUUGUAUUAAAAAUGUCCUUGUGGGUAAUUCCUCUGUCAUAUAAGCUAAUAAGUAGCUAAGUAUCAUUAUUUAUUUAUAAAAUACCUCAAAUUUCAUAUGUUUCUGGUGUGAAUGAACUGAAGUUAUAAACUUAUGUUAUAUCAAGAUAUUAUUUAAGACCAAAUACUUAAGAAGCUUAUUAGGUUUUUUGUAAUUUUUUGAAUGUACAAUUUUAUAUUACUUGGUGUCUUCCAUAACCCUUUUAUGUUUUGUUAAUAUGUCCAAUACCUCAUUUAUUAUAUAUUGAGGGGACUAUCCAAAUGGAAAUGUAAUAUGUAAAUUGAUUGCAAUGGUACUAAGAUGAAUAACCUAUAUACAAAAAUUUAUAACAAUUCUUAGUCAUCGACGAAAUAUUAAUAAUUACAUGCCAUGUCUAAUGACAAUCUUACUUUUAUUGUAUGAAAUUUGCAGUACCAAGACAACAUUGAUGUGUUAUGUAUAUUUUUUUCUUGGGUCUUGUUUGUACUUAGUGCUGCUUUAAAAUAAAUUAUAAAACAAUAGCAA